GGAUCCGGCUCAGUCAUCGUCUCUACUCGACUAGGACUCCCGAAUCGCAUUCUCGAGCUCGCGGAAACGCUCUUUUGUUUUGCCUAUGCCUUGUUCCCGAGCUCUUCUGCCGCCUACCUCGCGGUCCGCGUCGUCGCCUCGCAUCCUCCCCAAAUCCAACCCUUAACACAAGCUCCUCUCCUCGGCAUGGCGUCCGACACCGAGGGCAUCACGGCCCUCUUCUCCAUGUACAACGACGACGAGGAUGAGGACAGCGACGAGCCCAACCCGCCUUCCCCGGCGCCGCCUGUCGCCGCGGCUCCCGACCCCGCAGUAUCCUCCUCGCCGCUGCUCCCUCAAGCCGGAGAUGAGGGCUCCAACCCUAGACAGGAGCCCCCGUCCCCUCCCCUGCCCUCGGAGUCGGCCGACCGCGAAACCCUAGUGAGCCCCAACCCUUCGCCGGCGCUUCCGCCCCUGCCCUCGCGCCGCUCGUCCUCGCCCUUCGCUGUCUCGUCCCCCUCCCCGCUCCGGCCCUCAGCGUCGGCGCCGCCGGCCGACCUGCCGCGCCCACCGCGGCGUGGCGCGCUUGCCAUCGUGGACUACGCGCACGAUGAGAUGGCCAUGUCGCCCGAGCAGGAGGAUGGGGAGAUCAUGAGCGGCGCACACGAAUCCGGCUCAGAUAUUCAGGCUGCUGAGGGUCUUGAAGAACGAACACUCUCAGGUACUGUUCACAUUGUGACCCCAACUAUUCAAGCAGAAAUGCAUCAGCAUCCUGAUGCACCUGAGCAGAACCAAGUAGGGACAGAUAUGGCAAUGGAUGUGACUGGAGCAGAAAUUGAAGAUGCCCAGGUGGAGGAAACUCCUGAUAUUUCAACUAAUGGUGAAAGUGAUGAUCCGUUGAGUCGUUUCCUUCCUCCACCUGUUGCUAAAAAAUGCUCUGCUGCAUUACAGCAAAAAAUUAACAAGUUCCUUGCAUACAAAAGGGCUGGAAAGAGCUUUAACGCUGAAGUGCGCAACAGAAAGGACUACAAGAAUCCUGACUUUCUUCAGCAUGCUGUGCGGUACCAAGAAAUCGAUCAGAUUGGGACCUGCUUCAGUAAAGAUGUUUUUGAUCCCAAUGGGUAUGACAAAAGUGACUACUAUGAUGAGAUAGAAGCUGAUAUGAAGCGUGAACUUGAGAGGAAGGAACAGAAGAAGAGAAGUCCAAAAGUUGAAUUCAUUGCUGGAGGAGUACAACCUCCAAUUAGUGCAUCAAUACCGAAGAUUCCAGCUUUAGCUGGUGCGACUACGCUCCCGGUACCUGCGGAAGAUGCACAAAAAGAGACUAGACCAAACAAGAAGUCAAAAUGGGAUAAGGUUGAUGGAGAUAUUAAGAACCCUGCAGUUCCUAGUGGACACGACAAUUUAUCAGCAACCGUUGCUGCAGCACUUUUGACUUCUGCUAAUGUUGGUGCUGGAUAUGCUGCUUUUGCGCAACAAAAGAGAAAAGAGGCUGAAGAGAAGAGGACAAGCGAUUAUAAGUCAGACAGAAGAUCUUAGCGCUACGUCUCCCUUUUCUUUUUGAGCAAUGAAUGUACCGUUGAGAGCUUUUCUGUUACAUAGUUUUGUAAUAUGCGAAAAAAAUUAAUUUUUCCCGGUCAAAGUGACUUAUAAAAGGGCCCUUUGUGCUAACUUGUAUGCACUUAAGGUGCAUCCGGUAGGAUUCAGAUUCUCUCAUAAAUAUUUUAGUUCUAGGUUCUUUCUAAAAAUGUUUCUUUGUGAAUUAGAAUCACCGAAGGAAGCUACUUGGCUAGCUAGUUGGAUUCGGAGAGGAUAGUUGUGUAAUUGAAUAUUUUAUUUUUUGCUGAUAUAUUGUUUUUUUUACAAUAACAACAUUAUAAUACCAACAAUUAAUAUACAUAUACAACAUGAGCAUCA